AUGGCAAACAUCACAUCCACCCAAGUGUUUGAACAGUUUCUGUCGUAUGACUUUGAGAAAGAUGAGAGGUUUACACAGGGACUGCAGCAAGCCAUGGGCUCAGUCACAACCCAAGUGCAAGACCAAAUGAAGCUAGAGCAAGCCAAAGUAUUUUAUUUUUCAAAAUUUAUUGCACCACUAGACUACGCAGCAUAUAAAAAAUGGCAAGCGGCCACUGCACGUGAAGCGCAGACAAGACUUGAUUCAACACUUGCACAAGGCCAUCUGAAACAAUCAAAAGAGUGUUUGGUUGAAGAAAGCGAUACAACAGUAGAUGGAGAGACUAGCCACGACUUAAACGAAACAACAUUGACAUUUCAGGAGAUUUCAGAAAGAGUAGCAAGAGGAGAACCCAUUCCAGGAAUACGCAGUAUUCCAGAUACAGUGCAUGAGCAUCGUAGUAAACCAGCACUUUUGCCUCUUAAAAAGCCUUGGGAAUAA